AUGGAGUCCGAUAACUGUCCCGCCAAAGAGUUCUGUUCCUCAUCAUCAGAUGCCCAUUCAAACCUCAACUGUAAUGGAGAUUCUGUCGUUGAGGGAGGUCACCUUGCCUUUAAUGCUGCUUCUAGAGUUCCUAACCCAGAGUUUGAGGACUUGGACUCUUUUAACCUCAUAGAGCCCCCUCCACUGGACUGGAGAUCCGACUCAUCCAGCGAAGCUGGGUCUGUCCACGAGAUGGAUGACCCUACCUUCUCUCCCUCCUCUGUUACCGUGGAUACGCCUGAAGGUGGGUCGGCACUGCCCCUGGAUGUGAGUGAUGCUGCUGUUCUACCAGGAGUCAACCAGGUGGAGCUGGUGAAGAAAUUGCCAGAAGAUAGCAUGGAGCAAAGUUAUGGCGCCAGAGAACAAGUGGAGGAACAAGAUGGAGAUGAGAAGGUGGAAGAGGCAGAGAACUUUGGCGAUGAGGAAUUUGAGAAAGUGGAGGAGAGGAGGCCCGGUGAUGAAGACCACACUCGCAUCCAAGUUCUCCUGAACCGACUCCAACUCAUCGGAGAAAGCUCUCUCCAUGACGAUUCAACACUUCAAAACCCUUCGCUGGUAUACGCUGCCUCUUCCGACUUGAACCUUUCUGACCCUUCUCUAACAACAGGUGGUGGCACACUGCCUGUAGCUCCAUUACAAAACCAAGCCUCAGGGUUGCUGUUUUCAGAAAGCCACCAGCGAGACCUUGUAGGACUGCUGGAGUGUACAGAGAUAGGGGCUCCUCAGCAUCUAGAGGCCCAGGCUGCUAGAGGCCCAAGGGGGGACAUAGAUGCCGUCGUUUCAGUCUCCUACAGCCAGGAAGACGGCGAAAGGUUUUGGGAUCACUACGGGAACGGCCAGCAUCGCCUCAGAAAUGACUCCAUGGUUUCCUUACCAGAGGAUGAGGAUGAAGUCCCAGAACCAGUGUGGAUGAAGCUGGGAGAGGAGCCUCCAGAAGAGGCAGGUGCAGCGGAGGGCAGUGAGCAGAGGGCAGAGGACCACCCGGCCUAUAAAGAUGUGCCUGGCCCUUGUGACCCUGAAGACUUGUUGGAUGGGGUUAUAUUUGGAGCUAACUACCUGGGUUCCACUCAGCUGAAGUCUGAGAAGAACCCCUCCACCAACGCCCGCAUGGCACAGGCCCAGGAGGCUGUGGACAGAAUAAAAGCUCCAGAGGGGGAGUCCCAGCCAACGACAGAGGUGGACCUUUUCAUCUCCACUCAACGCAUUAAAGUGCUCAGUGCUGACACACAGGAGGCUAUGAUGGACCACUCUCUCCAGAUGAUCUCCUACAUAGCAGACAUCGGGAACAUCGUCGUCCUGAUGGCACGCAGGAAGCCGGCCGGCCGGAAAGAGCGAGACGCCAGCCAAGCGGUCAACUCCUCCGGCCCGCAGAAGAAAUGCUGCAUGAUCUGCCACGUGUUCACCUCCGCUGAUGCCCAGGUUAUAGCUCAGGCCAUUGGACAGGCCUUCGGCGUAGCCUAUCAGCAGUUCCUCCAAGCCAACGGGAUCAAGGCCAGCGAACUGAGGCCCAGCGAGUACAGUGACUACCUGGGCACACAAGAGCUUUACAACGGAGACCUGGUGCACUUCUCUGACUCAGACAACAUCAGAGAGGUACCCAUCUCCAAGGCUCCGGGGGAGAUCAUGGGGCUGGCGGUGGUGGAGUCUGGCUGGGGCUCCAUCCUGCCCACCGUGGUGGUGGCCAACCUGCUCCACGGGGGACCCGCCGAGCGCAGCGGGGCCCUCAGCAUCGGAGACCGCAUCAUGUCCGUCAACGGGACCAGUCUGGUGGGCCUCCCCAUAGCCACCUGCCAGAGCAUCAUCCGAGAUUUAAAAAACCAAGAUGGUGUAAAGCUCAGCAUCGUCCACUGCCCUCCCGUCACCAUGGCAAUCAUCAAGCGGCCUGACCCCAAGUUUCAGCUGGGUUUCAGUGUGGAGGAUGGCAUUAUAUGCAGCCUGAUGAGAGGAGGCAUCGCUGAGAGAGGCGGCAUCCGGGUUGGUCACCGCAUCAUAGAGAUUAACGGCCAGAGUGUGGUGGCCACACCGCAUGACAAGAUCAUAAACAUACUGACUAAUGCCGUCGGGGAGAUCCACUUGAAGACUAUGCCUGCCUCGACGUACCGCCUCCUGACAGGACAAGAACAGCCCAUAUUUCUCUGAGGCAGCUGACAUGGUUGCCUCUUUGCUUGAUAUGCUCACAUCACAGAUCCCUUACCGAGGCUACCCCGGACACCAUACUGAGGCUACCAGAUCCUAUACCGAGGCAACCACAGAUAGAAAUAUCAGACUGCAUGUGCACAUCGAGAGCUCCAUGUUGAAGAUUUCCUUUUCUAUAUGCAAUUGUACUAUAUUUUAAGGCAAUUGAAAUGCCACUGAACGUAACAGAGUAUUUUAAAAAGUGUAUAGAACUUGUUUGACAUAUCAUGAUGCAGCACAUUUCUAAACCCAGAACCAGUCAUUUUCUGCUUGUAUUUAUGAGAUGUUUUAAAGUGGAUUAUUACGUAAAUGCACAGUAGGAAAAUAUAUUUUUACGUCUGAACUAAUUAUUGCUUUUGUCUGCAAAAUAACAGCGUAAGUGCUUUUAUGACCAUGUCUUCCUACCUGCUUUGUUGCAGACAUGCCUCACACAGCUGUGCUUGGAACGGAGCGUUAUGUAGAAAAGGCAGAGCCUUAGGAAAUUUGUCUUUCAUCAGUGCUUUUUAACACCCUGUCACAAGUGCAUAUUAAAUGAACAUCUAUCAGUGUUACACAGUGGUUAUCUUUUAUAUAAAGGGAUUUAUUUGUUCCGAGAUCAUCCAUUGUGCUUAACAAGUGUGCGUUCCAUUCCUGUGCCUGAUAGAACUCUUUGAGUACUGUAUGCAGAAAUAAAAACACCCUCUCUACUUCA